AUGGGUUUGAAAGUCGUGCAGUUGGGUCUGAGGGCCUGGGAGUUCAUCUGGUCGCUCCUCCUCAUGGCCCUCCUCGGUAACAUGAUCGCCGAAGCGUUCGCCGGAAACCCUGCGACGGUCAACUACUCGAUCUUCUGCUCUGUAUUCUCGAUGCUCACGCUCUUCUACACGAUCCCGGCAUCCUUCAACAUCGACUGGGCCGGUCACCCCAUUAUCAUGAUCGUCCUGGACUCGCUAAACUGCGUGUUCUUCUUCUGCGCGGCUAUCGCGCUCGCUGCUAAGCUCGAGUGUCACUCCUGCAACAACACAGAGUACCUCAAGAACAACGAGAUCACCAACGGCUCAAACAACAUGACCAAGCGCUGUCGCGAGGCCCAGGCUUCCGUUGCGUUCCUCUGGUUCGCAUGGGCCGGGUACAUGGCUUCCGUCGUUGUCUCGGUCUUCAUGUCUCGCGCUUCGACAGUGAACCUGCGCGGCCGGACUGGUAGUGCUCGUCGUGGUGGCGGUGCGCCAAGCAUGGCCCAGGUCUAG